AUGAAUGCGCUCUGCACAUUCCGAUUACUGUGGAAUGAAAAGACGUCGAGGCGCGCGCUUUCAUCGAUAGCGGCGCAACAGGAAUCUUCAUCAGCCCGAGAUUCGUCCGAGAACAUCGACUUCGGACAAAACCUCUUCCCCGACCCAUCCCCGUCUUCAACAGAACCCCAAUCUGUCAAAGCCUACAUCGCCAGCAUCGGCAAGGAAGACAUCAUCUUCGGCCAUACCUGGCUCAAGCUCGAAAACCCCAAGAUAGACUGGAAAACUGGACAAGUUGAGCUAAACCACCGAUGGAUGAAAGACGAGACCAGGGCCUGGAAGAUGGACCUGUACCAAAGGCGAGUGGCCCAGCUAGAACUAAAGAAGGCCGUAACUACCCCACUCCCAGAACCAACGGAGGACGAAUUCGUCGUCAUCCCCACCUCAGAGCACGCAACCCUUCCUGAACAGAAGACUAGUGGCGCAGCAGGAUACGAUAUCUCUGCUACGCACCACCUCAUCAUCCCCGCCCGACGAUGA